AGGUCCGCCUGGCGGCCUGUGGCGCAGGAGGAAGUCCCAGGCCGCGCGGGAAUCAGGGGGUGGGGGACAAUGGGCCAGUUACUGGUGCGUCACGAGGGAGUUCCUUAAAGGGGAAGUGAGCGGGCCUCGGAGCCGACGUGGGUUGCGGUGUUCGUCCGGGGAGGUCCCCACGCUUCAAAAUAAUGCCCGCGGCGACCGCGCAACCAUGCAAUGGCGAGCGCUCGUCCUGGGGCUGGUGCUCCUCCGGCUCGGGCUCCACGGAGUGCUGUGGCUCGUCUUUGGGCUUGGGCCCAGCAUGGGCUUCUACCAGCGCUUUCCGCUCAGCUUCGGCUUCCAGCGCCUGAGGGGCUCCGACGGGCUCGCGUCUGCCCGCUCCGGGGCCGCGGGCCAGCAGGGGACGCCCGGGGGGCCGUCGUGGCUGCAGCCGCUGGUGGUCGGGGCUGCGGCCGGCGGGCCCCAGGCUCCUCGGCGGCCCAGCCCGGGCGUGUGCGGCCCGGCGCCCUGGGGCUACGCGCUGGGCAGCUGGGACUGCGGCCCGGACGAGUACGAGAAGCGCUACAGCGGCGCAUUCCCGCCGCAACUGCGGGCCCAGAUGCGCGAUCUGGCGCGGGGCAUGUUCGUCUUUGGCUACGACAACUACAUGGCCCACGCCUUUCCCCAGGACGAGCUCAACCCCAUCCACUGCCGCGGCCGGGGGCCGGACCGCGGGGACCCUUCAAAUUUGAACAUCAAUGACGUACUAGGGAACUAUUCAUUGACUCUUGUUGAUGCAUUGGAUACACUUGCAAUAAUGGGAAAUUCAUCUGAGUUCCAGAAAGCAGUCAAGUUAGUGAUCAACACAGUUUCAUUUGACAAAGAUUCUACUGUUCAAGUCUUUGAGGCCACAAUAAGGGUUCUGGGAAGCCUCCUUUCUGCCCACAGAAUAAUAACUGACUCUAAGCAGCCCUUUGGUGACAUGACAAUUAAGGACUAUGAUAAUGAAUUGUUGCACAUGGCUCAUGACCUGGCUGUGCGGCUCCUCCCUGCUUUUGAGAACACCAAGACCGGGAUCCCUUAUCCUCGGGUGAAUCUAAAGACAGGAGUUCCACCUGACAGCAAUAAUGAGACCUGCACAGCAGGAGCUGGUUCUCUCUUGGUGGAAUUUGGGAUUCUGAGUCGACUGCUGGGGGAUUCCACCUUUGAAUGGGUGGCUAGGCGAGCAGUGAAAGCCCUCUGGAACCUUCGGAGCAAUGACACAGGAUUAUUAGGCAAUGUUGUGAAUAUCCAGACGGGCCAUUGGGUUGGAAAGCAGAGUGGCUUGGGUGCUGGGCUGGACUCCUUCUAUGAAUACCUUUUAAAGUCUUACAUUCUCUUUGGAGAAAAAGAAGACCUACAAAUGUUUAAUGCUGCGUAUCAGAGCAUUCAGAACUACUUAAGAAGAGGGCGGGAAGCCUGUAAUGAAGGAGAAGGAGACCCCCCACUCUAUGUCAAUGUGAACAUGUUCAGUGGGCAGCUCAUGAAUACCUGGAUCGACUCUCUGCAGGCAUUCUUCCCUGGACUGCAGGUUCUAAUAGGAGAUGUGGAAGAUGCCAUCUGCCUUCAUGCCUUUUAUUAUGCCAUAUGGAAACGAUAUGGGGCCCUUCCUGAGAGGUAUAACUGGCAGCUACAGGCCCCUGAUGUUCUCUUCUACCCGCUGAGGCCAGAAUUAGUAGAAUCUACAUAUCUCCUCUAUCAGGCAACCAAGAAUCCCUUCUACCUCCAUGUAGGAAUGGAUAUUCUGCAGAGUCUGGAGAAGUACACAAAAGUCAAAUGUGGGUAUGCCACACUACAUCAUGUCAUAGACAAGUCCAAAGAAGAUCGGAUGGAGAGCUUCUUUCUCAGUGAGACCUGUAAAUACUUAUAUCUGCUGUUUGAUGAGGAGAAUCCAAUACACAAAUCUGGAACCAGGUACAUGUUUACAACCGAGGGCCACGUUUUAUCUGUGGACAAACGUCUUCGGGAAUCACCCUGGAAGGAGUUCUUCUCUGAAGAUGAAGAGCAGGAGCAGCAGGGAAAGUUUGUGCACAGGCCAAAAUCUCAAGAGUUAAAAGUCAUCAAUUCCAGCUCCAAUUGCAAUCGUGUUCCUGACGAGAGGAGAUACUCCCUGCCCUUAAAGAGCAUCUACAUGCGACAGAUUGACCAGAUGGUUGGCUUGGUUUGAUCUGCUCUCCUUUCUCUGGCUUGUCAUAAACCAAACCUAACUAGCUGAACCCAGACUACGUAAAAAUCCAGUCUGAAGUGGAAGAAGCAGAAGUCUGGCCAUCCAUGAUGGCAUCCAGCUCCUCACCCACAUCUAGUUAAUUCUUGCAUAAUUUGUUGUUGUCUUUCUGUUCAAUAAAAUGCCCUAUUUUUCUUAAGGAUAUAAUUUGAAAUGAGAAGGUACAUGGAUAUUGGCUUUUGACAUGCUCAUGUUAUUAAGUACAACAGAUAAGAGCAUCUUUAGAUUGAUAUUCCCAGCUUCAUAUUUACAAUACAAGUCUCUUCACUUAGCCAGCACUUGAUCCUCUUGCUACAUAUUGCUACCUCUUUGUUAAAGGUUUGGGAAUGAAAUUUCUGUGCAAAGAGCCUGAGGUUCAAUUGGUGUCCCUACUUUUUGCAUUGAAAAUGUCAUCUUUUCUGUCUUAUUGGAUCAUUGGGCUCUCUGCCAGGUAUCUUAACUGUGAUUUUUGGAUCACAUGAGGGGAUAAUUAUCGAUUUGUUCCUUUACAUCCCAAGCAGUGUUCACAGUAUUAUAAAUUAUUUGCUUAAGAAUAAUUGUCCAACCAGAAUUCUAACAGACAGUCUCUUAAGUUGUUAUGUCAUACUAUGAGAGCUUAUCUAACAUCUUUUGGAUGAUAUUUUGCUUUUAUUUUGAACAUGAACUUACUGACGAACUCCCACAGUUCCAGAACUAGGUGCCUUUUAAGGGAGAGAAAAGAAAAAAAAAAAAACAACCAACAAACAAAAUCUAAGAUUGUCUGAGCCUCUAUCUUACAUUUCCUAACUAAGAAUUCUAAAUGCUGACCAUCUUUAGGUUGGUUAGAGUUUUGUUUGUUUUUGUCACUUGUGUCUAGUGCCAAUUAGGUAAUCAGGGAGAAAGAAAUGAUCAGAUGAUUUUCUGAUAUCCUUGAGCCAUUUCUCUGUGUAAUACAGGCUUUAGAUUAGUGCCUUAUGGGUUUUGAUUUAGGCCAUUAGCUAUCACAGCCACUGCUAUGUUUGUGGCAGUCUUCGUUUGUAUUGCCAUAUAAUGGGACUAACAGGGAAGGGGGGUGGCAUGUGUGUUAAUGUGGAACAUUCUGGAAAUUGCUUGAUUGGUCUUUGUCUUUUUCUUUCUUUCUUUUUUUUUUUGUACUGGGGACCAAACUCAUUUCUUUGUGCUUGCAGGGCAGGCAGCAGAACCACUGAGCUGAAUCCCCGGCCUGUUUGCCUUUCAAUAUGUUAUUUUAGCCAAGCCUACAGGAGGAAGUUGUGCUAAAAUGUUUUCUUUCCUUUUUGUUGUUAUAUAUAUCCUUAACCAGAGCAGACAGCCAUUUCUUUGAAUUUAAACUGAGUGCUUAUACACAAUACAGCUGGCCUUGAGCCUGGCCUGGCUUCUGUGCAAUAUCACAGGUAGAAAGGUAACCCGAUGCAAAGGGUAGAAGUCUCUUAAAAACUUCCAGCCUGAUGUAUGGUGUUUCCCUCCUGUCACUGUUUGCACACUUGUUUUUUAAAAACUAGAAAUGAGUUUUAAGUCAUUGUAUUUUCAGUCAAAAGGGAAAAGUUCCUUCUUGAAAAUUUAAGUGUUAACUCUUUUGAAAAUAGAUGUGUAAUUCAGUUAUUUUCAGUCUUUAAAAGAGGAAUUUUCAGUAGUAAACAUUACCUCUUUUUUAAAACAUUUUCUAUUCAAUUUAUUUUAAAGUAAAAAUCGUGCUUCCAUUUUACUUCAUUUUAGAAGUACUCUUCUAUCAAUAGUGUUUCAUCUACUGAACAAUAGAAAACUUUCUUUGAGAAUACUAUUGAAUGUCUUCAUUAACUCAGUGAAAAUGUUAAACACACACACACACGCAUGCACACGCACCUGUACCUUGUCUCUAGGUAAGUUGAAGUGGGACUAUGAGUGACCCACUUGGGAGAAUGGGCCCUGCCAGGGAAAGUGAAGUCUUCUACCUUUGUUUUCUCUUUUAGCACCCUCCCCAUUUCUCCAGCCUCUGCGGCAGCAGUAAUGUGUCAGCAUUCCAACAUCACCCUCCUCAUCUGGGCCCUUUACCUGUCAUUCUACAGAAAGCUUGAACAUUUCUUCCUGCUUUUGGAAUGGAGAUCUGUGCUUGGCAGCACCACUGUGCCUUGAGUGACAGGUUUCUAGGGCUACAGGCUGAUGUGAAAUAGUUCUGUAUUAAGUCUGAAACCCUGUUGACCUCUGGGUACUGUACUUACACCAGUUGAUGAGACUGAGGGUGAGUGAAUUAACUAUUAAUCCUGGUUAUUGACUUUACAGACUUCCCAUGCUCAAGAUUGAUGCUACAUAGUCAGUGAUUUAUGGGACUAGAUAUCAGAAUGCUGUCUAGUACAGCCAUUAAAAGAAUGUUCUUUGAGCCAAGUUUGAAGCUUACUGUUUUCUUUUUGAAAAUCAGAAUGUCAGCAGCUGUGAUGUAUUUACAGGCUCCUGCUGUCUCUUCUAUUCUAUAUUCUGAAAUAUUGGAUAGGGGAGAGCCAAAGAGGAGAAUGUCAGUGAAAUCCCCUUGCUCAGUGCUUUACCCCAGGAAUGUCUUGAAUUUGAACAGACUACAUUCUUUUUCAACAGCAGUGACACCAGACCAUCCCUGUAUUCCUCCAGUAGCUAGUUGUCUAGUGUCAGUGUUGGUCAAUAUUUUGUAAAACUGCUGUAGAAAACUGCCCUAUAAUGAGACAUGGAGGAGUGCAAUUCUCCCAAGACAAAGUUCUAAAUCAUUAGCUGCUUUAGACAAUGUGAUGGAGGAACUCAGGAAAGAGUAGGUGACAGAGGAGUGGUUUGCUAGCUCUGGUUGUGCUGGCCAUUGUGAAAAACUGGCAUGUUUUCAGAGCCUCCUUUCAGUUUCUUUCCAGCCUUUUUAUGAGAGCUUGUUCUUGUAACUGAAUUUCUAGGUUGUGCUGAUGUCCUGGGCUUUUCUUGCCUGAACUGGGAAUUGUCCAUACGACACUUAGUUAUUUUGAGAAAAAUGCAUCAGGAUGGUAUCUGUACAGAUGAAUGUUAGCUGAGAAUCCAUAGUUAACGGGUUUGAAUAUUGAGUUGUGCAAUCUGAAGGCUUUGAUUCCCUCUUCCUCACCCUUUCUUCCCUACAAAAGAAAAAUGUCUGAACUAUUUCUUAGCUCACUUCAGACUUAACAUUAGACAUUUCUUCUGGAGGGCUCCAGAGCUCUUUGUCUUCAACAUGUUCAAAUUUAGUGCUGCUUAGAAGGUAGGGCUGAGUGGUUACCUUAGCCACAAAGUGGCUGAGCAGGGACUUGAGAAGAAAGUCCUUUUGCUUUUCCAUGCCCAGACAUCCAGCUUCUACUCUAGUGCCUCUUCCCUGGCUGCAGGGCAGGGACCCCAUGUGAGAAAAGGUGGGGCAGGCUGGGUUGUAUUUCCCAUUGUCAGGUUCAGGAUUAUGUUCCCACUUAAUUUUGGAUGUGAAUCUGAUAAAAAUGUCAAGUACCUGUGGAAUUCUCUGACUCACUACCCCCCUCUUUCUGAGAGGAAGAAUAUUUUUAAAAAGUAUUUUUGUUUUAAUUUUAAGUAGCAAAACAAGCUACAUUUUUAUUUAUUAUAAACAAGAAAAGUAAUUGUUUUUACAAAAAAUUUAGAGUUGGAAAUUCUGGGAAAACUUACUGAAGUAUACAAAUGCUUCUCUGUAAUGUGCAAUAUGCUUUGCUACUAUAGAUGAUAUUUUAUGUUUAAUCUGUAAAUAAGAAAUGUAUUUAAAUUAAAAGAGCUUUUUGUAAAAUGACCAAAUGUUCUUUUAUAAAUGUAUUAAGGGAUAUCUUGCUCUUUGAAAUUUAUUAGGAUUUUUAUGGAUAAUUUUUAUUAAAAGAUUCUUUUUUUGAGUGGUCA